AUGGAUUUAACACUGCAAGAAUAUGAUUCCACACAGUUUUGUUUUCCUGCACUGAACAAUUCUUGCAUGAAAGGCACACACAGCGUAGUCACACAGACAGUGUUGUAUCUCAUUUUGUUGUCAGCGAUGAUUGUGACCAUUCUAGGAAACUCAGUGGUCAUCAUCUCAAUAGCGCACUUCAGACAGCUCCAAACACCCACCAACAUACUGGUGAUGUCUCUGGCUCUGGCGGAUCUGCUGCUGGGAGUGAUGGUCAUGCCGUUGAGUAUCGUUCGCUCUGUGACUGGCUGCUGGUAUUAUGGAGAUGCCGUCUGUCUGCUCCACUCCAGUUUUGACUUGUUUCUCACAUCUGUGUCUAUUCUUCAUCUUGUUUGUAUUGCUAUUGAUAGAUAUCAGGCCGUGUGUCAUCCGCUUCAGUACCCCACACGAGUCACUAUACCUGUUGCUUGGGUCAUGGUGCUGUUGAGCUGGUGUAUGAUUGCUUUGUAUUCUUACGGUCUACUCUACUCAAAAGCUAAUGUGGAAGGAAUGGAUGAAUUUCUCAAAUCCAGAUACUGUGUGGGAAGUUGUAGUUUGUAUUUCAAUGAAUUGUGGUCAGCUUUAGACACAUUAAUAACUUUCUUCUUGCCCUGUUCCGUCAUGAUUGGACUGUAUGUGAGGAUUUUUGUAGUUGCCCAAAAGCAUUUAAAAGAAAUUGGUGAUUCAAACCUGCAGGAACAUGAGAGUAGGUUAAAGGGUUCUCGACGAUCUGAGCGCAAAGCAGCAAAAACUCUCGGUGUUGUCGUGGGAGCUUUUAUCCUUUGCUGGUUGCCAUUUUUUGUUAACUCUUUGAUUGACCCCUACAUUAACUUUUCCACCCCACCUGUGCUCUUUGAAACAUUUCUCUGGCUUGGUUACUUGAAUUCAACCCUAAAUCCCUUGAUAUAUGGGCUUUUUUAUCCUUGGUUCAGAAAAACCCUUUAUCUUAUUGUAACACUGCGGAUAUUUGAACCCAACUCUUCUGAUAUCACUGUUUUCUCUGUUUGA